AUGAACAUGUGGAUGCUUCUUGUUGCGCUCUUUCCAGUCAUCGUCUCUUCUCUCAUUGCGAUGCCAAGGUCAAGUCGAUACGGACUCGUCGGAGACUACGAAGAAUCGCCUAGACUCAAAGAAGCCAUACGCUACGAUCGAAACUGUUUUUUUUCUCCGGUGCAAUGCAUGCUCGCCUACAAUGACGAUCGGAUGCCAAUUGUCGUGACGCGAAAGGGAAAGCGCGCCAACUUCGUAGCAUAUUAG